CGCUCGGCCGCACCGGCGGAGCCGCCGCCGCCGCCCGCCGCCAACCCCCGCCCCGGGGGCGGCUGCCCCGGCGGAGCCUCCAUCUGCAGCCCGGCGGCGGAGCGGGAACAUGGCGGACCUGGAGGCGGUGCUGGCCGAUGUCAGCUACCUGAUGGCGAUGGAGAAGAGCAAGAGCACCCCGGCGGCCAGGGCCAGCAAGAAGAUCACCCUGCCCGAGCCCAGUAUCCGCAGUGUUAUGCAGAAAUACCUCGAGGAAAGGGGUGAAUUAACCUUUGACAAGAUCUUUCAUCAGAAAAUUGGAUUUUUGCUCUUUAAAGACUAUUGCAUGAAUGAGAUCGAUGAAGCUGUCCCCCAGCUGAAGUUUUAUGAAGAGAUCAAGGAGUACGAGAAGCUGGACUCAGAGGAGGAGCGGCUGUGCCGCAGCCGGCAGAUCUACGACACCUACAUCAUGAAGGAGCUGCUAUCCUGUUCCCACCCUUUCUCAAAACAAGCUGUAGAUCAUGUACAAACACAUUUAGCCAAGAAACAAGUGCCAGCCAGCCUUUUUCAGCCAUAUAUAGAAGAAAUUUGUGAUAGUCUCCGAGGAAAAAUAUUUCAAAAAUUUAUGGAAAGUGACAAGUUUACUAGAUUUUGUCAAUGGAAAAACGUAGAGCUAAAUAUUCAUCUGACCAUGAAUGAUUUUAGUGUACAUAGAAUAAUAGGAAGAGGGGGUUUUGGCGAAGUGUACGGCUGCAGAAAAGCAGACACUGGAAAAAUGUAUGCAAUGAAAUGUUUAGAUAAGAAGAGAAUCAAGAUGAAGCAAGGAGAAACAUUAGCCUUAAAUGAAAGAAUUAUGCUGUCUCUUGUCAGUACAGGAGACUGUCCUUUUAUAGUGUGUAUGACCUAUGCCUUCCACACCCCUGACAAACUCUGCUUCAUUCUGGACCUCAUGAAUGGAGGAGAUUUGCACUACCACCUCUCCCAGCAUGGAGUGUUUUCUGAAAAAGAAAUGAGGUUUUAUGCUACUGAAAUCAUCCUGGGCUUAGAACACAUGCACAAUCGCUUUGUGGUGUACAGAGACCUGAAGCCUGCAAAUAUCUUGUUGGACGAACACGGGCACGUGAGGAUAUCAGACCUUGGGCUGGCUUGUGAUUUCUCCAAAAAGAAGCCACAUGCCAGUGUAGGUACCCAUGGAUACAUGGCCCCCGAGGUGCUCCAGAAGGGCACAGCGUACGACAGCAGUGCCGACUGGUUCUCCCUGGGCUGCAUGUUGUUCAAACUGCUGAGGGGGCACAGUCCUUUCAGGCAGCACAAAACCAAAGAUAAGCAUGAGAUCGACCGGAUGACGCUCACCGUGAAUGUGGAGCUCCCAGACUCAUUUUCUCCCGAACUGAAGUCCCUUCUGGAAGGGCUCCUGCAGCGGGAUGUGAGCAAGAGGCUUGGAUGCCAAGGAAGAAGCGCACAAGAAGUAAAAGAACAUCCUUUCUUCAAAGGCAUUGAUUGGCAGCAAGUCUAUUUACAGAAGUACCCUCCACCACUGAUUCCUCCCCGGGGAGAAGUGAAUGCAGCAGACGCUUUCGAUAUCGGGUCGUUUGAUGAAGAGGACACUAAAGGCAUUAAGUUGCUUGAUAGUGACCAGGAGUUAUAUAAGAACUUCCCUCUGGUAAUAUCGGAGCGUUGGCAGCAAGAAGUAGCAGAAACUGUUUAUGAUGCAGUAAAUGCAGACACAGAUAAAAUUGAGGCCAGAAAAAGGGCUAAAAAUAAGCAGCUUGGCCACGAGGAAGAUUAUGCCCUGGGGAAGGACUGUAUAAUGCAUGGAUACAUGCUGAAAUUGGGGAACCCCUUCCUGACUCAGUGGCAGCGUCGUUACUUUUACCUCUUCCCAAACCGGCUUGAGUGGCGAGGAGAAGGAGAGUCCCGGCAAAACCUGCUGACAAUGGAACAAAUAGUAUCUGUUGAAGAAACACAAAUUAAAGAUAAGAAAUGCAUCUUACUGAGAAUUAAAGGAGGAAAACAGUUUGUCCUACAGUGUGAGAGUGACCCCGAAUUUGUUCAGUGGAAAAAGGAGCUGACGGAAGCUUUCACUGAGGCCCAGAGGUUGCUGCGCCGGGCUCCAAAGUUUCUCAAUAAAUCUCGCUCCACAGUUGUAGAGCUCUCGAAGCCACCGCUCAGCCACAGGAACAGCAACGGGCUGUAGGAGACACGAACCACAUUCACGUAGGGAGAGCUACUUGGUGAACAUGCAGAGUGUCCCAGAAUCCUUAUGAAUGACUUUGUGCAAUCCUGGACGCGGGAUGUGCUUAGAAGAGGAGGAAUUCGAUGUUUACAGCGUGGGAUCAUGUCAGAACUCUGUCUCUGGAGGCUGUGAAGACUGGAAGGGUGGCGGGUGGAUUCCUGCUCCUGCAGCGGUGGAAGUCACCAAGCGUAGAGGCUGCUCCUUGCUCCCACGCGUCCCCACUCCCGGCGGGGGCCCGGAUGUGCUCCGUUACUCUGGAACUACUGAUGGAAGGAAGAGGCUGUUUUCCCUGCGAUCCCCUCGUUUGGUGGCACCAGGCCUGGGGCUGGCGCGGGUGCUGCUGGCUGGGGUGACACUCCAUGGUGACGCCGACGGACCCGGAGCUGCCGCCCUGUUGGAUGACCCUCACUCUGUCGUGUUGCCAUGUCCUUUCCAACCAUUACUGCUGACUCUGUAAUAACCUUUCUCCAUACUGCUGAUGAUCAACAGUGUGACUCUUAUGCACUUCAAAGUACUGAAUUCUAACUGUCCUGUGGUUUAAAUGUUAUUGCUACUUCAUGGGAGCGUUGAACUCGAAUUAUUCCCUUGGUUUGUUGUACUCACUAAUAGUAGCUACCACCGUUUUGCUUCUUCUACGUAUAUGCAGUACUAUAACUGACACAAUAGAGUAAUAAUUGGUGAAGAGGAAUUUAUGGUAGCUUCAUCUAGUGCUCUGUUGUAUAAAUUGACUAUUUUAGCACAGUUUUUAAAGAGCAGAUUCCUUUUGACAAGUUUACAGUGAACAUAAAGACAGUUCUUUUCCAUUUCAGGUCAACUGCACUUUUUAAAAAUUAAAAAGAAAUUAUUCAAAUCCAAUGCAUUCUAGUGCAUGUGCUGGGUUCAAAUGUCUGGGUACCUCGGUACGUAUUCCGGAUCACUCCAGUUCUGGGACUCGUGGAUCCUUCUCUGUUGUACACAGGUGUGUUCUCAUAGCAUAGAUAUCCCAGUUCUCUCUGUAGCUCGGCCCAGGAGGUUCGUGCACAUAUCACACAGCUCAGCUUGUGAAAGGAUCUUUGAUUUUUCUCUUGUAAAGAGUUCAAACUGUCCACAUUGUAAACAGUCUGAGAAAACUGAGUGUGGUACUGACAGGGAGCUGAUCAAAUGCCCGUUUUUUGUUAAUUCUACUUGAGGCAUCAGUCGUGUCGUGCUGAACUCGUGCUGAAGUCAAGAUCUAAUCCUGAACUGUCCGACAGCUUCAAACUUGUCAAGUCAACCUUGCCCUGGGUGUUGUGAUGGCUUGUAAGAGAGAGGUCAGGGCUGAAUUUAAGCUUUUUUUCUGAUUCAGCGAACACCUUUGAGAAGAUUUUCUUCCCAGAUCCAUAGGUACAACUCUCAGAAGUCCCUAAAGACAAUGGGAAUUGUGUAUGGUAAAUGAGAGCAGAAAUUGCCCUGUCAGCUUCCCCCAUCCCCCCGGUGUGCGUGUUGCUGUCAGACAACCACAGAGUUCCAGACCUCUUUCCGUGUAGAAAGGUAAUAAAGUUGGCUGUAUUGGCUUCUAGAAGUGGGGCUGGGUUGUCUGCAGAGCCCAUGCAAACUCUAUCUGAACAUCAGGGGCUUCAUCAAAGGAAAAACAUUCUGGGAAAUACCCUCUGUGAGUCAGCAAUUACUUUCAGUGAUUUUUUUCCCUAUUUAUUUUCGAAAUUAUUCCAUGUAAAGGGUACCAGCCUCCCUGUCAUUCCUGCUGAUAAGUGUCAUUGAGCAUCUGAGCUCCUCUGUAAGGAGCAGUGUCAAAGGUAGUCGGUCAAAGGUUGGACUCAAAGAUCUUGGAGUUCUUUUCCAAUCUGAAUGAUUCCAUGAUUCUAUGUGUGGUAUUUCAAAAUGUUUGGGAUAGGAAAUGUCUCAUGCCACUGGGUGUUGUUCAGCUCUCCCUACAAUAUCAUGCAGUGCUCUUAUUCUUCUUCAUGAUUUAGAAAACUCCCUCAGAUUGUGU